AUGCCGCGCAGAAAAGCCGCCGACCGCACGGGUCCGGUGAAAACCCGGUCUCGCAGCGGAUGUCGAGAAUGUCGAGCGAGUCGAGUGCGAUGUGAUACCAAGAAGCCUGUCUGCACGCGAUGCUGGGAGAAAGGACUGCCGUGUUCCACAAAUCUGGUCCUGAAAUGGGAGUCGGAGUUUGUCAGUCGGGGCAUGGCCUUUGGCCGUGCUGGUGUCUGGAGUAAAACCCGCGACGCAAACUCGGCUGCUUUGCAAUCGCCCUCGGAUGAUAUGCGCAACUGGGUGUCCGUUCCCACGAUUCGGCCAUGGGGGUUUAUCAAUAGCGGAGUCGCCACAUUUGACCAUCCAGAGCAGGUUGAUAUCGUGUUGAAUGAACUACAUGCCCUCGUCCCCGUUGCCGGGCACAACGCCAGCAAUUGGUCGGCUGGUGCUUUUGCCGCGGUUCUCAACCCGAGUCUCGGACCGUCGCUCUCGCUCUUCCCCGAGCUUUCCCACCUGGGAAAUGGAGAAUUAUUCGAUUACUAUCUCCAGCAGGUGUGUCCUCGUACGACGGCGAGUUCCACGGUGUCCUCGCCAUUUGCGUCGAUAAUCCUGCCCUUCAGCUCAUCUGCCUCCCCCACACUUUUCAAGGCCAUUCAAGCGUUGGGCGCAUGCCAUCGGUCCCGAGCCGAUCCGUCGUACGGCGCCCUUGGGCUUCGCCUAAAAUCCGAGACAUUACGAGAUCUCCGCCGGCGUCUUUCCAACGAGGGAUCUUUGAAUUGCGCCGGUGAUCCUGAAGUCCUGGUCAUCAUGAUGAUGCUCUGCCUCUAUGAGAUUGUAGAUAAAUGUGACCAACACUGGACGAUUCAUCUCAAGGGUGCCAAAGAUCUGAUUCGUCUCCGGCGGCAGCAAACUGCGGCCCUUCCCGAAUCCUCCAAUGCACCAGAUCCUGCUACCGCCUUCGCGGAGCAUUUCUUUGCGUUCCAGGACGUUAUGGGUCGUACUGCUUGUGCCAAGGAGGUUUUAUUCGGCAGUGACUACUGGAAGGCUGACGAUAAAAACAUCGACUUGUGGAUGGGAUGCAGUCCUGAGUUGGUCAAUAUUUUGUCCACAAUUACCGACAUGAGCCGGGCGAGGCGACAGCUUGAUUCGAAUGAGGCCCGAAGUACAUUCUCCAUGCGUGCUGCAUCUCUUGAAAACCAGCUCGAGCAUUUGGUCCAGGAAAUUGGAGAUGGUGACGACGAGAUUCUUGCAUCUGCAGCGGAGGCCAAGCGACUGGCAGCCGUGCUCUACCUACACUGUGGACUACACGGCGCGUGCCCUACCACUCCCUUGGUAGUUGAUUACGUACGCCAGAUUCUUCGCCUGGUCUCGGAUCUGCUGGACCGUGAGGCCCUCCCCAGCAUGACAUGGCCGGUAUUUGUGGCAGCUGUAGAGCUGGACCCCUCGCGGGACGAACUUUGGUCAGAUCCUCUCGCUGAGCCGGUGUCUGGGCGGGCAACCGUGCUGCGAGCCCUAGCUGCGAUGUCUGAAUCCACCAUCGCCAAUAUCGCUCGAACGCGGGCCGUCAUUACUCAAGUAUGGCAGGCGCGCGACCAGGAUCUAGUGAAAGGAGCGAUGCAAGGCGAGUUCAAUGACUGGGAAAAGUACGUUGUGCCUGUCAGUGACGCCAUGAGUUUGGCGUGA